ACUGAGUAAUCGCUGGCUAUCUAAAAAGUCAGUAGUUCUACUUUAUGUCAGAUUACAAAUAAGGAAUUCAACAAUCUCAUUAAAAUGGACUCUUCGUUAAUUGUACCAAAACCACCAGACGAUUUAAAGUUUCGGAAGAUGAUCAUUGAAGUAGGUAGAGAGCUUGACAAACAACCGAAUAUAUUGAAGGAACUACUGUCGAAACAUCAAUGUACAAAUGCCUGGUCAGGAAUCCAGUUCCUGCGGUGGCUGAUGACCCGAGCAGAUUUAUCCCGGAAAGACCUGUACAUCCUCAAAGACACUCUUCUUCUUCUGAACAGGAAGGUACAGUCUGUUCAGCAUCUCCUGAAAUUAGCAAUAUAUGCUUGUCAUUCUGAUGGAAACAAAGUAAAUUUCUCAGACGGUGGAAUUGUACAUAUUCCCGAAGGAUGUGUUCAAGUUAAAAUAUUCUUCACUACCACGUCUAUAGAUAUGCUAUUUAUAGAAGGCAUAAGAUCAUGGCUAUCGCAUGCAUUGCUUAUACCAUUCCGGCACGUGCAGGUUCUUGCAAUCCAUCGAGAACCAUCGUCGGUGAUCUUCUCGAUACCCGAGUUCUACCGUGAAUUGACUAGUGAUGAGAAAUUUGUGUUUCGAAUCGGAGCACCCAAUGUAGUAGGUGUAGAAGUUGAUAAUGGCCAAGUUAUAGCAAUACCAGAUGCUCAAACUACCACGCAUAUCAGGGGUGAGUUAUCUGCUCCUUCUCACAUCAACGAACACAGUUUCCAGCAUGCUAAAGCUGAGUUACAACAGGAGGUUGCAGAACUUACACAGACCUUGGAGGAAGCCUGUGAAGAAAACGUGAAGUUGCAGAAAAAACUGCAGACUAGCUUGAGCAAGCAAAAAGCUUUCGCCAAACUGCACGAAAGCUCAGGCAUGUCUACUACCCUUUGGAAAGUAACUGGACAGUUAGACGACAGCAACGACAGACCGAUGUACCCUCCGAAGAAAAGCCACGAAGAAAUAAUGAAAGAAACUAUGCACGCUAAAAUACGUCGAGUGUAUCCACAAAUCGAAAACACGCCGGUCAAUGAACGCAAACUUGGUUUAGUGAAUCUUCCAAGUUACAACUUAAAGUUUUUAUAAUUACCAAUGCAAUACUUGUGCGUGUUAGAAACCACGUGACGACUGAAAUGUUUCAUUGUGGUAAAUAUCACAAUGUUGCCGGCAACAAUAAAAAACACUGAUUGAAAAAAAUAUGUGCAUGAAUUGAAUUUUUAAUAUAAUUAAUUGAUAAAAGUUGUUUUAUUGUAACUUUUUGUAAAUAUCACACCGUAUACAGGGUGAUUUAACGUAUAUUUAUAUGCUAAUGGUCAUGUCAACCGAGGCGUGUGAUAUGCAGUUUAAUAAACCAAACAAUUAAUGGUCAUUUAUCAAUCAAGUGUAAUGCACUUAUCAUUUAAAGUUGGCUACUGGCUAUUUUAUGUGUAUGUUCGAUGUGACCGAUUUCAAGAUAAUGUUAUCAAUAGAGUACGAGUUGUCGCAGCGCAUUAAUGGGACAUUUUCACAGAUUUUGACAUAAAUUGAAUCCUUCACUCGGAUUCUAACCACUGAC